UAUGAAGCGAUCAAAGCAAGGCAAAAGCUCAAUAAUACAAAUGCAAUAAUUACAAUUAAAUCCAUAUGAAAUGUGGAGCAUUUGGUGGCGACGCUAACAACAAUUAUUAUUCGGACGCAGUAGAACAAGCCGCCAACAGUUGUAAUCCAGCGACGACAAAUUCACGAAACCAACACACGAAUAAUGGGUGUUAUAAUACGUGUCCUGCUCGUAGCCACAUCGCUGGUCCUUGCCAUGCUUGUACAAAAAUAUAGGAAUCUCGCGCGUUCGUUGCCGGCACCACCACUAAGUGUCACCGAGUACUGGGGACCCGGCAGUGCUGACAACUAUAAAGAAGACCCAACUGUAAGGCCGUUUGAUAUUAAAGUGGAUCCUGAGCUCAUAGCUGACUUGAGAGCGCAACUGUCGCGACCGCUUCGACUACAAGAGACGCUGGAAGGUGUUGGAUUUGAAUACGGCUUCAACUCGGAAGCGCUACGAAAUGUAACAGCUUAUUGGCGCGACACCUAUCUGGUGAAUUGGGAUGCCAGGGAGGCUUAUCUGAAACAGUUUGAGCAUUUCGAAACACAAAUUCAAGGUUUGCGCGUACACUUUAUUCAUGCCAAACCACAAGCCACGGAGGGCAAGAAAGUGAUUCCAUUAUUGUUACUUCACGGAUGGCCUGGCUCAGUGCGAGAAUUCUACGACCUGAUACCAUUACUUACAAACCCUAACCCAAAUAGCGAAUACAUAUUCGAGGUUGUUGCACCCAGUUUGUCCGGCUACGGCUGGUCACAGGGCGCUUCGAAAGUCGGCUUUGGCACCGCUCAAAUAGCCGUUGUUUUGCGCAAUCUUAUGAUACGUCUCGGACACAAUAAAUUCCUCUUGCAAGGUGGAGAUUGGGGUGCGACGGUUGGUACAAAUAUGGCCGCGCUGUUUCCGCAGAAUAUGUUAGGUUAUCAUUCGAAUUCCUGCCUUGACUUUCAUCCACUCGCAAUGAUCGCUAAAACGAUCCGCACUAUGUUUCCAAACUCUUUACUUAAUGACGAGGAAAGAGGAUUCGUUCGAAACUCCACUGAAGAAAUUACAUUAAUACUACAAGAGUCUGGUUAUUUUAAUAUCCAAGCUACAAAACCGGAUACCAUAGGAGCAGCAUUGUUGAACAACCCUAUCGGUUUGGCAGUUUACAUAUUGGAAAAGUUCUCCAGUUGGACCAACGCAGAAUUUAAGAAACUCCCGGAUGGUGGUCUAACGAAACGUUACACUAUGGAUGCGCUACUAGAUAAUGUUAUGAUUUACUAUAUAACCAAUUCCAUAACUACUUCGCAACGCAUCUACUUGGAGAUAAUAUCUUCUACAAAUGUGAUCCUUGAACGCGUCCACAUCAAAAGCCCAGCGGGUUGUGCACGCUUCAAAUGGGACCCCAUAGUCACCACCGACUUCGAACUACAGUUUAAAUUUAAAAAUCUUAUCCAUAGCACAUAUCACAGCAAUGGGGGACACUUCCCAGCGCUGGAGAUACCACAAACGCUCUACGACGACUUUAUUGCAUUUGUUAAGAAAAUAAACUUGUAGUUGGUGUCCAUCUAACUCAAGAAUAUGCAUACAUAUCUCAUUUCUCCUAUAUUAUUUUCGGAAUUUUUUUUUACUGGAUAUAUGUAAGCCUUUAACAAAAGUGUUAAGCUGGUACUUGUUGUGUAUAUUUCUUAUGAAUAAUAAAUUGAAAUAAAAUGUUAA